GAGGGCUUUGCCCCCAGAGAGGGCGGGGAAAUGACACAGUUGUUCCCCCAGCCCUGCGGGGCGGGCAGCAUGGUUCACUCCAGCAUGGGGGCUCCAGAAAUAAGAAUGUCUAAGCCCCUGGAGGCCGAGAAGCAAGGUCUGGACUCCCCGUCAGAGCACACAGACACUGAAAGAAAUGGACCAGACACUAACCAUCAGAACCCCCAGAAUAAGACCUCCCCGUUCUCCGUGUCCCCGACUGGCCCCAGCACCAAGAUCAAGGCUGAAGACCCCACUGGUGACUCAGCCCCAGCAGCACCCCCGCCCCCCCAGCCAGCUCAACCACAUCUGCCCCAGGCCCAACUCAUGUUGACGGGCAGCCAGCUAGCCGGGGACAUACAGCAGCUCCUCCAGCUCCAGCAGCUGGUGCUUGUGCCGGGUCACCACCUUCAGCCACCUGCUCAGUUCCUGCUGCCACAGGCCCAGCAGAGUCAGCCAGGCCUGCUACCGACGCCAAAUCUAUUCCAGCUACCUCAGCAAACCCAGGGAGCUCUUCUGACCUCCCAGCCCCGGGCAGGGCUGCCCACACAGGCCGUGACCCGCCCCACGCUGCCCGACCCGCACCUCUCGCACCCGCAGCCCCCCAAAUGCUUGGAGCCACCAUCCCACCCCGAGGAGCCCAGUGACCUGGAGGAGCUGGAGCAGUUCGCUCGCACCUUCAAGCAACGCCGCAUCAAGUUGGGCUUCACGCAGGGUGACGUGGGCCUGGCCAUGGGCAAGCUCUAUGGCAAUGACUUCAGCCAGACGACCAUCUCUCGCUUCGAGGCCCUCAACCUGAGCUUCAAGAACAUGUGCAAACUCAAGCCCCUCCUGGAGAAGUGGCUCAACGACGCAGAGACUAUGUCUGUGGACUCAAGCCUGCCCAGUCCCAACCAGCUGAGCAGCCCCAGCCUGGGUUUCGAUGGGCUCCCCGGCCGGAGACGCAAGAAGAGGACCAGCAUCGAGACAAACGUCCGCUUCGCCUUAGAGAAGAGUUUUCUAGCGAACCAGAAGCCUACCUCAGAGGAGAUCCUGCUGAUCGCAGAGCAGCUGCACAUGGAGAAGGAAGUGAUCCGCGUCUGGUUCUGCAACCGGCGCCAAAAGGAGAAACGUAUCAACCCCUGCAGCGCAGCCCCCAUGCUGCCCAGCCCGGGCAAGCCGGCCAGCUACAGCCCCCAUCUGGUCACACCCCAGGGGGGCGCCGGGACCCUGCCAUUGUCCCAAGCUUCCAGCAGUCUGAGCACAACAGUUACUACCUUAUCCUCAGCUGUGGGGACACUCCACCCAAGCCGGACAGCUGGAGGGGGUGGGGGGGGCGGGGCUGCGCCCCCCCUCAAUUCCAUCCCCUCUGUCACUCCCCCACCCCCGGCCACCACCAACAGCACAAAUCCCAGCCCUCAAGGCAGCCACUCGGCUAUCGGCUUGUCGGGCCUGACCCCCAGCACGGGCCCUGGCCUCUGGUGGAACCCUGCCCCUUACCAGCCUUGACAGCAGUGGGAACCUGGUGCUGGGGGCGGCCGGCGCGGCCCCAGGGAGCCCGGGCCUGGUGACCUCACCACUCUUCUUGAACCAUGCCGGGCUGCCCCUGCUCAGUGCUCCUCCAGGUGUGGGCCUGGUCUCUGCAGCC